AGGGGGCUGGGCAGGACAGGAAAUGUUCACAUAGUUCCUUUGCCUUUUUUUGUGAAAUUGCCAGCCCUGCGCCUGGAACUGGUUUGGGAGGAGGCUGGGAUCCCAGGCUUUCCUGUCCUCUCCGGGAAGCCAGAGCUGGAGUGCGCCAUUCCCAGGGAAGGAGCGCCCUCUAGUGCUGGGGAGAGGGAAGGCUGGAGGAAGGGACCGCGCCAGAGGCCAAGUCUGGAGGAGAAGGAGCUGCCAGCCAAUGAGGAGCCAGCGGACUGCACCCUGACCUGCUGGGCGGGGACAGCGCAGGGUCCACAGGUAUUGCUGAGUCUCUGAGUGUUUCUUCUUCAGAGUCCCCCUCCAGGAGAGGGGGCUGGACUCCACCAAAUGGAGAGUUAAGGACUGCCGCUUGCCUAAGGGCUGCUAAACAUACGGUUCCCAUCGGUGUGCUGGGCCCCUGUGAGGAUGCUGCCCUGGCUUCUCGUCUUCUCUGUUCUGGGUCUCCAGUCCUGUGGUGUUUCCUCCUGGGACAAAGCACACACAACACAGGUGUCGGAGGGUCUGCAGGCCUUGUUUGGCAACAUCUCCCAGCUCAUUGAAAAAGGCAAACUCGGUCUUGAUGAUGUCUUCACCAUGGUCUCUCGCAAGGAAUGGGGGGCAGAAGCUGUUGGCUGCAGCUCUCAACUGAUCAUGCCGGUGGAUGUCCUCGUCACACAUCAUGUCCCUGGGCUGGAGUGCCACGACCAGGCGGUUUGCAGUCAGAGGCUGCGGGAACUGCAGGCCUAUCAUGUCCACAGCAACAGUUGGUGUGACGUGGCCUACAACUUCCUGGUCGGGGACGAUGGCAGGGUGUAUGAAGGUGUUGGUUGGAACGUCCAAGGCUCGCACACCCAAGGCUACGGCAACAUUUCCCUGGGCGUCGCCUUCUUCGGCACCAAGGAAGGCCUCAGCCCCAGCCCUGCCGCCCUGUCAGCCAUGAAGGACCUGGUCUCUUAUGCUGUGCAGAGGGGACACCUGUCACCUAGGUACACCCAGCCACUUGUUGUGAGAGGCGAGAACUGCCUGGCUCCUCCCCCAAAGGCAAGGCUGAGGCACGCUUGCCCUAGCAUUGUCCCUCGGUCUGCUUGGGGGGCCAGGGAGACCUACUGUCCCAAGAUGACCCUUCCUGCUAAGUACGUGGUCGUCCUCCACACUGCUGGGAGGACCUGCGGUGUGUCUGACGAGUGCCGCCUGCUGGUGCGAGACCUCCAGUCCCUCUUCAUGGACAGACGCCAUGCCUGCGACGUGGGGUAUAACUUCCUCGUGGGCCAGGAUGGUGCCGUUUAUGAAGGGGUCGGCUGGAAUGUUCAAGGCUCCCGAACCCCUGGCUACAAUGACAUUGCCUUGGCCAUCUCGUUCAUGGGCACCUUUACAGGUACUGCGCCCAAUGCUUCUGCGCUGGAGGUGGCCAAGGACUUGAUCCAGUGUGCUGUGGUCAAGGGGUACCUGGCCCCCAACUACCUGCUGGUAGGCCACAGUGAUGUGGCCAAUACUCUGUCCCCGGGACAGGCUUUGUACAACAUAAUCAAGACUUGGCCUCACUUCAAACAGUGAGGGAGGCCCCAGCUCCUGAGACUGCUCAACCUGCUGCUAGGUCUCUGUCCUCACUUCCCACCCAUCUUGUCCCCCUCCUCUGCAAGUCCCACCUUGCCUCCCUUUCGCAGGUUGGGGUGAUACAGUCCUUUCCUACUACCGUCCUGCAGCAUCCUGUAGGUUGGGCCCUCACGGCGCUCCACGUCUGGGCCCCGUUCCCCUCUCUUCACCUUCUUCAUCCCUGGGCACCUCCUGUUCAGCCGGGAGAGUCGAUGGGCGAUGGUCCUCUGCCUGGUGCGUCUUCCCCUGAGGUCUGCCUGGAAGCUGCCGACUCUCACCCAUCGCCAGGCCUGUGUGCCCACUCCUUCCCUCUGCUCACACGUUGACUUGUACAGACUCGGGUGCAGCUGUUACUGAAGGGCUGUCAUUAUCAGAGUGGUUUCUGUCCUCUCUCCCAGACCAUGAGCUCUCCAAGGGAAGGAGCUGAGAUUUAUUGUCCCUUUGUCUUGUGUCAGUUCUUUACCCAUGUCUGGAAUUCAGUAGGUGCCUUAGGUGUUUGUUGAAGAAAUGGAUGAAAGAGUGGAUGGGUUCCUGGUCACCUGGCCAUUUUGCUCCAUCAUCUCCUCUUUGGGAAGCCCUCGGGGAUUGUGCCCUGGUCCACCACUAUUCUCUCUUAGUCUGAGGCUCUGAGCUGGCUCUGGGGGCUUUUCUGAACUGAGUGCUAUGUCUUUAGAGUCCCAUGUCCCUGUCUCUCCAAAGCACCCUGAGGGAAGGGACUGUGUGCUCCUUCACAGGCAGAGAGGAGCUGUGACCACACACACUCCCCAGUGCCUGUGGCCUGCCUGUGCCUGGCUGGCCCCACUGGGUGCUGGGCAGAGUGAGGACCCAGAGCCCUGGCCCUCUCAGCCCUCCCUGGACUCUUCAUCUUACUUAUUGGAAGCACAUGAAACAUUUUCUGUAGACAUGAAUAAAAGGAAUAAAAUAUGUGGUUUGUCUAAAAUA